AUGGUUCACAGUUUUUUGUUUGUUUUCUUCAACAAAUCAAACAAUGCCACCGCCACCGCCCCACCACCGGCUCCUCCACCACCCACUUCAUUUGAAGCUCCCCCUUCACUUAAUAGAAACUCCAAAGUUGAUCGUAGUGCAUUACUCUCUGACAUAAGGUAUGGAACAAGGCUAAAGAAGACAGUGACAAAUGAUCGGAGUGCUCCACAGAUCAGUGCAUCUAAAGGACCAAAUGAUGGGUCAUCUGAAAAAGUCAGCUGUCCAGUUGGUAUUGGAGGCCUCUUUGCCCAGGGUAUGCCAAGGUUACGUCCUACUGGAAACCGACCACCUGGUCCUCAAGUUCCCAGAGACAGACCAACCUCCAACACUAGAGUCCAAAGUACAGCAGUAAAUUGUCCCUCCCAGCAAAUUGGCAUGAGUCAUUCCCAGCCUCCUAGCCCAGUCAUGUCAUCUCGACGAACCACAGUUACGUGUACUUCUGAUACAAUAAUUAAUGAUGUAGUUCAACCCAGUCAUUAUGCAGUAGGAUUAACUCCUAGGUUUCCCUUCCCUAAUGAUCUAUCCUCAUCUCAAGUCCCACCUUCUACUAGUCGGAAACACAGUUUGAGAAACAAUAGUUUUAAUCAAUCAAUUGUACCGAAUCGUGUGGCUCCUUCAUUUUCGAUGAAACAUUCCACAGUCUCUACUGGCUUAAAUCAAAGUAUGAGAAGAGAAGCACCACGUAGACCUCCACCAUCUGUACGGCCACCACCACCACCGCCACCUAUCAAACCUCCUAGUUUGAUGAGACGACAAAGUUUUGGAGCUCGAGAGGUUAGAAAUGGAAUUGCUUCACAUUACCAUAAUGUAUCUCAACAAGGAAUUAAAAACCUAAAGAAUCAAGCUCCACUACCACCUCCUUCAAGAAAUCAGAGUGUUCCUAACAACUUGAACCAAAUUCACCUUCAAUCUGAUUCAAAACGAGCAUCUGGUAAACUCAGGACUGCUCCCCCACCACCACCAUCUACCAUGUCGAAGGUAGUACCUUCUGCUAAUCGUCCUGCACCACCACCUCCACCAGUAAGGCCUCCAUCUGUUGCACCACCCCUUCCACAAACUGUCCCCUGUUAUAUAAAAGCCUCACCACCUGAUGUACUACCUCCACCACCUCCUGCUCGUAACAGCUAUGUUUUUACAGAUAAUUUUGAAUCAAGAUUUAGUAACAAGUUCCAUGAUAUUUCCAAUUUGAUACCUCCUAGCCCCUUUCAAAACACACCAAAAACUUACCCCAGCAAAAAUUUUCAAAACAGCAGGAGAAGACACCAGCCACCACCACCACCACCUCCUCCUCCUGAGAACUUAUCGGGCUCUCAACCUAAGUUACAAGUACACCUUAUUAGGCCAUUUGUUAAUCGCAUAAGUGAGUGCUAGUGUUGAACGAAACAAGAACUUUACCAGGCCCUCAACCUAAGUUACAAGUACACCUUAUUAGGCCAUUUGUUAAUUGCAUAAGUGAGUGCUAGUGUCUAACGAAACAAGAACUUUACCAGGCCCUCAACCUAAGUUACAAGUACACCUUAUUAGGCCAUUUGUUAAUUGCAUAAGUGAGUGCUAGUGUUUAACGAAACAAGAACUUUAUCAGGCCCUCAACCUAAGUUACAAGUACAUCUUAUCAGGCCAUUUUUAGUCACGUAAGUGAGUGCUAGUGUUUAAUGAAACAAGAACUUCUUGAACACACUGUUAGCAUAACUAACUAGUCAAGGAAUCUGUCAUUAUGAAGUUACCACAAACUCGAUGCAAGGCUGGUAUCGGCUGCAUUUGAGUUGAAGUUACUUACGAAUAUAGAAGAAACUUUUUUAUGACGUUUAUUGCGCUUGUAAGUUUCAUGUGUACUGCUGUUUUCAAUAUUAUACACUGCUGACAGCAAUAGUCAUUCAUUAAUGGAUUUGAGACAAAAAGUUAAAUUAAUUAGAAACAGGUGGCAGCACUAGCGACUUAAUAAGUAAUUCACCAUCUUCUAGGGAAGUUAUUUUAUGGCACUUGUGAUUAUACAGGUGUCUCGGUGGUUAUGUCGUGAAGAAAGUUUCUAUUGUACAAUUUGAAGUGGAUUUUCAAUGCGAAACUUGAUCACCCUGCUCUGGGAUGCAGCAGUACCACUAAGAACACAAACUGGUCAACGUAAUGAAGAAAACAGAACACUGGAAACAUUACUAGAAAUUCAUUGAUGGACUUCAUAGAAGAAACAAGAAUAGCUUAUGCAAAAAAUAAAAGUUGAUUAUCUAGACACUGUUAAUAAUACUAGUAGUGCAGUGAUGAAACAAUGAAAGCUGAACAAUCUACUGUAAAAUAUAAAUCAUCUAAACACUGUUAUACUACUAAUAAGGUAGUGAUGAACACAAGUAAGAAAGCUGGACAGUCUACGUAGUGAUAAAUGUAGGUUUCUUAAAGUUAGAACAUCCAUUCACUGCUGAUAGUCUGGUGAACUUGAUGAAAGAACACUGUUAGCACUACUAAAAACUUGAUCAUCUAACCACACAAGUAAUGGAGUGGAGAACUUGAUAAAAAAACAACAAAGUGGAUCAGUUACUCUGUUAACUAAAAAAUAUUAUCACAAUCUGAACACCACUAAUAUAAUUGUGAACUCAAUAUAAAACCUCUGCAGCAACAGACAUAUUAAAACAAAGUGAAUCACAUCUAACUAAAGAUGAAGCUGUGAACUAGAGAAAAAAAUGCUGGAUCUAAUCUAAAUGCUGCUUACACUAUUAAUAGUGUAGGAGUGGACUUAAAAUAAACAGAAAACUAGACUAUCCAAACACUGCUGCUAUUACUAUUACUGGUGGUAAAAAUAAGAUUUGUUUUUAAAUGUGUGUAACACUACUAACAGUGUAGUGGUGGAUGAACUUAGGAGACAUAUGUUCUUCGUACUAACACUAAUAAUAGGUCAGUGGCCAACUGUGGGGAAAAGUUAGAAUAUUUAAUUUAGUUAAAAGAGAGACGGAUAAAAUAUUUAUGCAUGGAGUAACUGUACAGUAUUUUUUAGUCACUAAAGAUACAGAACAAAAUAUUAUUGCAAAAAUAGUUUUUCUAAUGAUGUAAAUAAUGUCUAGAUGUAUAAAUCAUUAGUGAAAGAAUUAUAGCCAUAGAGUAAACUUUGAUAAUGCUGUGGUAGCUUGAAAAAACUUCCUUUACUUACCUUUAAUUCUAUUUUUAUACUCUCUGUGGAUUAUAGUGUAAUUUAAAGCAGUGAUACUUUUUUUUCUGAUAUCCAAUAUCCCUAAAGAUAUAGAAAUUAUUAUAUUUGAUUUGAGAUUGCAAAGACUUGUUGGCAUUUCCUGUUUUAAAUUUUUUGCUAGAUACACAGUGUAUUUAGGUGUUGAUACAUCAGGUGAUCUCUAGGCAGUAGUGGCUCAUCAGAGAAAGCAGGAGAGGCCAGUUCUGUGCAAAAAAUGUUAAAAAGAAAUAAGUAAAUGAUGUUCAGGUUUUUUCAUUAUUAUUUAUUGUCAUAUUCAAUAGUGUAAUUUAAAUUUAUUGGAUUAAGGAGAUUAGUAAAAUAUAUUUUAAAUAAACUUGCUUGGUAAUAGGCUCUGGCUCCAUACUUAAUAGUAAUGGUGGAGCAGAGCCACCUGCACCUAUUCCCCAUGGGUAAGCCCUAUCUAAAAAGUAUGGUAUACCAGUGCUGACUAAGCAACAUGAUCGAGCAAUCUUAUUCUGUUGAUUAUGUCUUUUCAACAUAGGGUGCCUGGCAUACAGUGUAUUAGUGCUGGGAGAACAUGUGCACAUUAUAUGCCUGUCCUUGUUCGUUGCUGUGGUAAUGAUGUGUGAAAUAAUGUUAAUAUGUUGUAAGAGAUAGAAAAAAUAUUAACAAUCUAAAUAUUUGUGAUGCUCUACAUAAGUAUUUUCAUACUUGUUUCUGCUGAUGUGUUGUAGGUAAAACAAAAAAUGUAUUUACUGCCUUACAAUGUGGCAUUUGCUGUGUAGUGGCUUAAGCAAGGCUUACAAAAAUGAUCAUGCUACCACUAGAAAGAAAAACUUAGGGUGCAAAAAACCAAACAUUUAAGUAGACACAUACAGACAAAAUGACCUGGCUAGUAGAUUACAUGCCCCAGUUUUCAAGAAGACAACUGGAAUGUUGUAUAUCUUUACAUAUUUGAAUAAAGAGAGAGAUUUUAACAUUCUGAGAGCUCCAACACAAAAUAAUAAACAGUUAUUAUACAAAAUGUUAAACCACUACUAAGCACAAGAGUCUUGUUCAUCUGAAACCAUCAAAAUGACAAGAUAAUCAGUGGAGUGAGUUAUUACUCACAUAAUUUAAUGGAGAGAUGAAUACAUCGGUAUCUUGUUUUUCUCCCACUGAAGUUGAAAUAUCUGUAGCACACAUGAGGUUUCAACAAAACCAGUUCAAAAGAACUCAAUGGUUGAAAAAAACAAAAAGUAUGUCUUUAGUAUUGUAUUUAUAGGUAACUUACCCAGUUUCUAUAUAAUUUUCAUAUUGAUCUGAAAUGUUUGUACUGUCCGCAGAUGUUUCUAUAUAUUAUUUUGAUGUAUACCUAGAUAUGACAUAGUUAUACUUUUCCUAAGCUUUAAUAAAUAUAUGGAAAUUUUCCACUUAGUAAAUUAUUGAAAUUUCAUUACUGUUUUUUCUCAAGAGGUAUAUUCUGAAUCCACUUUUGAGAAGAAAAAAAAAAGUCUCAAUUUUUUGGAUUAUUUAAGAGUAUUGUACAUUAUUCCUUGAUCAAAUUUAUGAUCUUGUAAAAAAAAAAUUACAGAAAAGAUUGAAAAAUUUUGCCAUUACCUAAAUAUAGAAUUUUAAAAUUGUUUAUAGCUCUAUGGUUUUGUAUAUAUAUAUAUUGUUUAUUAUUUUAAUGCAUUAGCUUUAACAUAACAUGUUUAUUAAUACAUUUUACUUGCUUUAUAGCAUACUUCAGAAAAUAGAAGUGGUAUAUGUUUUAUAAAAAUAUGCCAUAGUAUUGUAGCUUAAAAAAGUUCCACAAAAUAUUUUUAAUUAUUUUAACAAACAAGGAAAAUGUGAUGUUUAACAAAUGUAUUCCGUAUAUAUGAUGGGCUUGAAAUAUACUGCAUGGAACGAGAAUAUAAUGAAAGCAAACAGUGUGAUAAAAGAUUAUCAGAUUGGAUCUAUGGACUUUUUCUGCCUCAGUUUCUUUUGUUUAAAUGUUACGGCUUUCUCGAAGAUCACAAUGUACCUUUGUUUUCUACUUUGUUUUAUUCUGUGAUGUUUUCCCAGUGUAAAAAGUAACACUGAACUUGCAUGUACCAGUGUUGUCAUGAACAAAUGUAGAAAUAUACUAGCAUAUAAAUACACAAUUAAAAUGUGUGCUAGAGGAUACCUUCCCCCUCUUGAUAUCAAAUAGAUUCUGGUAGAAGGCAAAGCAGCAUGUUUUGUGUUAAUGCUUAAUUUACAUAUUAAACCUGUGAGUAGUUGUAGAAUUUGAACAGAGAAGUGUGUCAAAAAUGCAUUAAAUAAUGUUACAUAUACUGUACUUACUAUUGUAAUAAUAUUGAUAGAUUUAGAAAGUGAUCUGGUACUCCUAAUCAGCUUCUGUUGGAAAAGUGUACCUUGUCUGUUGACAUAACGAAGUGUAAAAACUGUAUUUUACGUGAUGGCAGAGUACCUGAUAUAACUUGUAUAUUUACUGUCUUUAUAAAAAACGUAUGUACAAUAUAUAUAUGUGUGAGGUUUUGAAUUUGGUCAGAAACUAUAGUUCCUUGAUUAAUUAUUUCAGAGUUUUAUCUGUUAUUACUUUCUUGUAAGCUACAAUAUAUCUUCAUUAAAAAUUAUAUUGUACAUUUAUGUAAUAAAAUGUUUGUAUAAAACCAAA